AAUUCAUUUAAUUCAAUAAUUCAAUCGGAAAUGACCGUAGUACCAUUGAGUGAGCGGGAACAGCUCGCAUCCCUUGUCGAACAAUGGAAUGAAAAUCGUCUAGAUCUAUUUCAUCUGAGCUAUCCAACCGAGGAUCUCGAGAUCGAGGGCGUCAUGCGCUUCUACUUCCAGGAUGGCGGAGAACGAGUACUAACAAAGUGUGUUCGUGUGUCUAGCACUGCUACUACACGUGCCGUCGUAGAAGCGCUAACAGACAAGUUCCUGCCGGACCUAAAAAUGCUUUCCGACGAUACUUACAGUCUUUGGGAGGUUCACGAAAGUGGUGGCGAGCGAAAAUUGGACGAUGAAGAGAAACCAUUGCUAGUGCAGCUCACCUGGCAUCGUGACGAUCGUGAAGGAAGAUUUUUAUUGCGGAAAAAUCGUCAAGGAUUAGCCCCGCUAGCUACAAUACAGCUACCAGACGAAGAGAACAUAAAGCGUGGUACGAAGCGGUUUUCGAAGCGGGAAAAGAAAGAAAUGAAAAAGAGGCAUCAGAAAGAUAUAAUUACUGUAAAUACUGGUCGAGAAGAGGCCUUGGCACCAGUCACUGAUCUCUACUGUCAGUGUUUACAUAAUCUUUCAAGCUUUUACUUUGUUGGGUCGUUCUCCCUUAAUGACUUUUCAUUGUUCGUCACUGGAAGCUUGAUCCUCAUCAGGGUUCUCAUUCAGGUUCCGCCUAAUUCAUUCACCCGUACGAUAUCGAAUCCAGAAGUAGUUAUGAAGAAAAGAAGAGAGAGAAAGCUGGAAACUAAAUUGAAAGAAAUGGGUCACGGUGGAAGUUUGAAGAUUUAUGGCGGUGAACUAGUUCCCUCACGACCGUAUGUGACGAUACUGGUUUCGAUGUACGAUCGUGGUGAUAAAAUCCUUGCCGAAGCGUUGGAGAAGUACGGAAUCGAUCCAAGCAGUGCAGCCGAUUACGUACUGGUUGAGGUAAGUGCUGGUUGUCGUGCUAAUAGACGCUUCAUCUUCAUCUCAUACCGCGUAGUCCGUGUCACUUUCUGGCGAUACUCUUUUGAAAUCAUUCGAAUGUACCAACUUGUUGGAAAGUGUAAGAAAUAUCAGCAGAAACGGCGUGUUGAAGCAAAGGUGCCGGUUUCGGAACAAACUACUCAAAGUUUCAAUGAUCUUCGCAAUCUUCCAUCUGAGGGCAGAGUUAUCGAUGCCGAUGAAGCACCACUCAUGCAGAUGGCCUCGAAGGGUAAUGGGUAUCCUGAAACGUACCUCGCGCUAAGGAGAAAGCCGAAUCGUGGUUCUCGAGUCAUUGUUCAUGAUCACGCGAACAAUGUGUCGGAUCAACCGAAUGCAAUGUCUCUAUCGCCAAGAGAACCAUCGUUGCACUUUCUCGCUCCCGAUGGUUCUCCGAUGAACCCACCACGUGCUCUUACUCUAAGUGGAGGAGUCACUGAAGUAGGGAGUGAUCGAGCGCUGGCCCAAUUUUCGGCUCAGAACAUUUGCCUCGAAGGCGAAGAAAUGCGUGGAAGGCAUUGUGUGAUUACAUACAUGGACGGAAUAGUAACAAUCACUCCUAGUGCUUCAGAUGCGAUCAUCGAGGUAAGCGUCAGAGUGGGAAUCGUCGGGAAAGCUAUCGUUCAGCAGCGCUUAUUGUUUAUAUUGAAAAUUUCAUGUUGA